UCGGCCGCGGGCGGCCGACGGCGCUCUCAGGUUACAAGUAGCAGCGGUGUCGCCGUGCUGCCCUCGCGGUGCCAAGUGGAGGCAUUUUCUUUUUCCACCUCCGGUCCUCAGUCCCGGCGCUCUAUUUCACCUUCCCUCGCUUCUUUCCGCCUUUGUUUCCUUGGCAUCCGUAGAAGGAGCAACCGCCUUGGGCGCGAGGAGCGCAGCACGUGGCUCUUCCCUGCGCCAAGGGGACCAGCUGCCGAAGUGCGCCCGCGCCUCGCGCCCCGAGGCCCGCCCGGAAGCAACUUGGACCGGGCGCAAGGUCGCCCCUUCUUGUGCACGCGGACUUCUGAGGGUUUCGCGCUUCGGAGCGCUGCAGUCUUGCCGCCGGGGCCGUCUCUCCGGAGCAUCAUCCCUCGUCCGAGGACUGCAGGCAGGUGGGGAGGCUGACACCAAAAGUCUUAUGAUGACUUGUUCAGAGUAUUGUCCAAUGAUCUUAAAACAACCAAAUCAGCAAAGACUUUCCAGUCAUUCCUGUGAUACUACCUGGCUGAGAGAGGGAGAAGAAUACAGAGUUCCUAAUUUUGUUUUAUCAGCAAUUGUAAAGGGAACUGUUUUCAGUCAUGAGGCAGUGGUGGAUCUUUCAGGCCAAGGAUUACAGAAAUUGGAUCUGAAUUUGCCUUGUAAAGCUGAUAUCCUGACUCUAAUUCUUGAUAAAAAUAAAAUUAUCAAAUUGGAAAAUCUUGAGAAGUUCCAAAGAUUAUUGCAGUUAUCUGUAGCUAGUAACCGGCUUGUUUGUAUGAUGGGUGUGGCUAAAUUAACUCAUCUCCGAGUACUGAAUUUACCUCAUAACAGCAUUGGCUGUGUGGAAGGGCUAAAGGAGCUCAUUUACUUGGAAUGGCUCAAUUUGGCAGGAAAUAAUCUCAAGACCACAGACCAAAUUAGUAGCUGCACAACACUGAAACAUCUUGAUUUGUCGGACAAUAACAUUUCUCAAAUAGGUGAUCUUUCUAAAUUGGUCUCUAUAAAGACUUUGCUUCUACAUGGAAACAUCAUCACUUCACUUAGAGCAGCACCUGUUUAUUUACCUCACUCAUUGACUGUCCUUUCUUUAGCAGAAAAUGAAAUCUGUGACCUAAAUGAGAUUUCUUUCUUGUCAUCCCUUUCUGAGUUGGAGCAGUUAUCAAUAAUGAACAAUCCUUGUGUAAUGGCUAUGCCAUCUGUUCGAGGUUUUAAUUAUCGGCCAUAUGUUGUUAGUUGGUGCCCAAAUCUCAAAUCCCUAGAUGGAUAUAUGAUUUCUCAAAAAGAAAGUUUAAAAGCUGAAUGCCUAUAUAAUCAAGGCAAAGGACAUUCAUAUCGGCCUGGUCAACAUAUUCAGUUAAUCCAGUAUUUGGCUACUGCUUGCCCUCUGUCCUCUACAGUGGACCUUCAAAUAGAAAAAGAUGCUAAGCUGAAGAAGAUACUGAAUAAGCAAAGGUUCUACCAGAGGCAGUUGAUGUGCCAAAAUCCAAAGGAAGAAGUCUUCACUUUCUCCAGUUCCAGAGAGCCAGGGGCAUUUCUUGACCUUGAAGACUUAAGUCCAGCUCAAGAACCUUAUAUACUUGUUGAGAGUGAGUCCACUUUUUUGCCUGUUGCCUCAAAGUUUUCUUCGGUAUCUUCUGCCAUUGAACUGAUGCCACAUGGUAUUGACUCAGACCUAAAAGAUGAUGGUGAAUUUGUGAAUGAAGAGAAAAGACACUCUGUGGAUUAUGAUAAACAAGAGACUUUAUGGCCUUCAGAAGAGACAUCAAUUGAAGCACAGAAAGAAAAAUUUCCCUGCAGAAUUUUAUCUGAGAUAGCUAUGGCUUUGGACCAAGAGAGUGCUGCUCUUCAGAAAAUGAAUGAAGCAGCCACCAAACUUCAAGCCUGCUGGAAGGGAUUCUUUGCAAGAAACCAUAUCCUUCAAGCUAAAGAAGCACGAUAUGAAAUUCAGCUGAGCAGAAUGCAGAAGCACAUUGUCUGCUUAACUGAUGAAAUACGGAGAUUGAAAAAAGAAAGAGAUGAAGAAUACAUGCAGAAGCUUGUGCAAAAGAAAGCUGUCAAAUUCCUUUGGAACCAAAUAAGAUCCCUACAAAACUGGCAACUUUCAGUGAACCAUUACCUCAAUUCGGUCUGGCAGUAUGAUGUUCCUGUGCCAAGUACUGUGCCAUUCAAGCCUUCUACUUUAUAAACAGUAAAUCAAGAACCUUUUUCUGCUGAUUAUUCUGACCGGUUUAUUUCAGAUUCCAAAGGACCCCCAGAGGAAUUCCUCCUAGAGUUUCCAGAUUCUGGUUUUCAUUCCUCCCUUACAGACCACUUGUAAAUUUCUCAUGAUUUUGAAAUAAAUUCUAUAGGAAAAAAGUUUUCUAGAGUAGAUCAUUUCAUAGAAACGGUUAGAUGCCAUAAAAAUCCAGAUACAGAGAAUACUCAUGAAGAGCAGGGUGAGUGGAGUAAAGAUAGCUCUAACAGUGAAGCAGAUAGUAAUCUCUUACCAGAUUAUUUAAUUUCAGUUCAGCAACUUAAUGAUGCUUUUGAAAUUACAAGUACCAGUAAUGAAAAGGAAGCUAGUAAACUCCGUACAGCUCUUCCCUUGGAAAACCCAAGUUCUUUGACUAACAUUGCUGUUGUAGACACAUACUAUGACAUAGCUGCCUCCUUGCAAGAUGAAAUCAUUCAGACACCUGAGAGGAGUCAACUGAAUGUAGAAGUUCCAGCACCUCAACCAGCAAGUGACCCUGCAUUUCAGGUCCUAUAUGUAUAGUUUAAAAUUCUAAAUGUGGGUUCUAAUCUGUUCCCCCAGUUUUAGGGGAAACUGACUAAAAUCACCGAUAAAAUGAGUUUAGGUUUUU